GUGCUGGCCUUUGGCGUGGAUUGUUGGAGGCAAAGGACGCGCCUGUUUCAGCACCGUUCAUGUACCCAUGUACUAUAGAAGACAAUCUCUCUGUGUGGCUAUCUGGCUGGCUUGGUUCGCCAGAGCCAUUGAACCUGCUGCCUGUUGUUGAGCUUACCAAAGGCUCUCUCUCCGUUCCUGUCCUUAGUGGGAAAGGAGAAAGGACGGGCAGAUGGAACAAGAUCGCCAGCACCACCACCGCCACCACCACCGCCACCGUCACUUCCACUUCCACCGGACAAGUACUGCACAGUUCAAGCACAUCGGCCUCCAGAAGCAGUGUCUGAUAGAAAAACGGUUCCCUUGUAGCAUCGGAAAUGAAGCCUAAGUUGCCAUUCAAAUGGCCAUUUGGUUCGAGGCGUUUAUUCUCUUUCUGUCGAAUCCCUGUGCUAUAGUUCAAUUGUUCAUGAUGAGGAAUCCGUGGCAAUGUGUGCUUAAGUGAAGGACGAUCUCGUUCGCCCGUAGUUAGUUCUGGGUUGUUGCGUUGAAUCCCCGAAUCGCCAUCAUGGAUGAGCUGGAACCCAAAUAUGAUUUGUCAGACAACGGCUUUCCGGUCCAGGAGCCUGUGUCCAAUUUUGGUAUUAUGCUCCGUGAGCCCAACAAGAUCCGAUUGAUCAAUGUCGGGCCAGAAUUAGUCCGGUGUAUUCAUGAACGUCUCGAGCAACUGGUACCCAUCGACACCUUUGGAUAUGUUAUAUUCAAGGACUAUCAGAUCAGUUUCACCGGCCGAUUUAACAUCUAUGAUAUCAUCUUGGACAAGGACUAUUUCACCCAAGUGAGAGCCUCCAAAGAAGACAUGACCCUCAUCAAAGUGGUGUUCUGUCGUAUCUUUGGUGCCUUGUUUUGUUAUGGCUAUGAUGUCGUAACGGCCUCGGAUUUGGCCCGCGACCUUCAAACUCAUUCUACUAUAUUCUUCAAGCUACGUGAUCCUCAUGAUUACAUGCCAUUGCAUUGCUUUUCGCACAAAUUCAUUUGCAUCGCACCCUAUUCAACAGACAGCAUCCUUUUAAUCAACGUACCUAAAGUAGCAGUGGAACAAAUCAUCAAGACCAUCCAUUUGACUUGGAGUCCUGGAAUAAAAUCCAAACAGACUCUGGCGGAUGAUGAUAGAAGUGUGAGCGUGGUUAUAAGUCUCAAACUGGCAGGCUCUCCCUGGAGUGCCGCAGUCUAUAACUCAGGCAAAUCCACCAUUCAAGCCCGACUGAUCAUCAUCGAGGUGGCCAGGAUCUUGGCCACAUUUCAAUGGCGAUUUGCAAUCAACGUCAACUUUACCGGUGCCGCAGACUCAUUUUUCUUCCAAUGGUGUCCCAACCUUGAUCUGGAGGACAUUCGAUAUUGUGCCCUAAUCCUAUCCCGGUAUGACCGUCUUCGAAUGCUUCAAGUUCCCUCCUCGCUUACUCCCACCAUAAAGGAAUGUGUCAAUAAGUUUUGGUACCUUCAAUUACUCAAGCAACGCGAAUACCACGGCACCACAGAGUUCAAACUGGGCGGUUGUCCGUGGUGGGCUGACGGAAAUGAUGCCAUCGAGUCUCGCUACUUCAUCUCGUGUCUCAUUGGUACCCUGAAGAUGAAUGGAUGGGAGGUGUGCGGGACCAUGGAUCUAUCGAGACACAAUAACGAUAAAUCAACAUUUUUGUUGCGCCAAGCUUCGCCCCAAAUACAGGCCCACAUGUGUAUAAGUUUCAACAAAACCAACCGCAUUCGACUGAUUGUCAGUAGUUCGGACAUCAGUGAAGAGUCUGAGCUCCAACUUACCACCAGAAUGAAUGAGACCAUUAAACAGCAUUGGGUCGCCCUGGGACCCCGAAACUAUGGCAAAAGCAUCGAAUGGAAACUGGAGGGAGACCCAUGGGACACCGAGGGGCUCUAUUCGGAUCAGACCAGAGGAGUCUACCUUCUAUGCUUAUUGCUCGAAGUCAUCCAACCUCUUGGAUGGCGCCUCGUUUCCUCGACUGAUGUGUCAUCGAAAAAUUUAGACCCCAAUGAACGAGGCUAUUCGCUAGUGGGCAAACCAGAAGAUUUGCACACCUGGUUCUUCCUAUUUGAUCCGUCACUCAAAAAAGAGACUCAGACUCUAGGUGAAACUGGAUCAAACCAUCAGGGUCACAACAACCAACAACAACAACCGCCACAGCACCCCCACCACCAUCACCAUCAUCCAUUAUCCAGCCAGCAGCACCUUCCUCAACAUCAACAGUCACAACAACAGCUCAAGAGCUCGUCAGCUCACGACCUUGUGGGCGGUUCUAGCUCUGUUCCCAAUCUGGAUCAGAACACGUCCAAUUCACCCCCUCUGUUCAAUCCUACUACUCCGAUUCCAAAUCAUGGAUCUACAUUAGGAUUAAGUGGAAGGGGAACGCAGUACGAUGGCCACUCAUAUCAGCAACAACUGGGAACACAACACACCACUGCUGGUGGGUACGCCUCUCAACAGGGUCACUAUCCCAAUGACAUGGUUAUGAUAAUGGGAGGGGGAUUGAUCCAUCAACAAAAUCACUCUCGAUCCGUACCUUCAGUGGCCUCCAUCGACCACCAACAGCAACAUUUCCAGCAGUCCGAGCAACACAUUCUCUCAAAUCAACAUCAGCCACAACACUCUCAGGGAGGUCUCAACCUGCAUACAGGGGGGAAACAUUUCUCUAGGGGAUUUGAUAAUGGGAGCAUUCCAGCUCUCCAUCGCGAGCAUCAAACUCAUGCCUCAUCAGAUUUCCACUUUAAUGGCCCUAACCACAUGAUGGGGCCCUCACAACAACAGCUCCAGCAGCAACAGACAAAUCUUUGCAUGGCCAAUGGGCGUUGCCAAACUCGUCAACGACAACUGAUGCGUCAGGCCAGUGCGGGCUCCCUGCCCCCUGAAAACUUUGGGAACUUUGGUAGUGUCUUUGGUGGGAGUGCGUCAGCCGCCAGCUAUCACCAGGUACCUGGACAUGGACCACAUGUGAAUGCCGGGUCUCGAAUGGAAAGAGAUCAGGCGUUUCCCAACGAUAAUAACUAUAUGGAUGAAGGGGGCUACAAGAGUGACGGCGAAGGUUACAAAAGUGAUGGAUAUGGUCAAAUGUUUAGCCACAGGCCGAAUCGUAAAGAUUUGGGAACAGGAUUUCAUCCCUUGGGUGGGCGAUCUUCCAGAAGUAACGGUUAUGUGAGCGAUGGAGAAGGCUAUAUCAUUCAGAACUCGCAGAGCCAAAACGUACCAAACAAGAGACUUUCCAAGUCUGGACGGUUUGGCAGCCAGUCCUCAUUUCAGCAUUACCCUCACGAUGCUGAUCUAAAACUUGUUCGCAGUGGUCUGAUUGACGACGACGAUCAAGACAUCGAUGAGAUUCACCCCCGAUCCCACAGUAGGACACCCGACACGGACGAUAAUUUGGGAGUGGGCUCGCAUGGUCACGGCCCUCCUGGACGAUUUGCUUCAUUUCAGGGGCCUUCGCCCAGACAGGUUGAAGCGGUAGGUCCUCAAGCUGGUCUUGGAGGAAACAGCAGCUGUGAGGAACUCUAUGCCGUUGAAGUUUUGGAACAAACGACCAUGACUGCAACAGUUCGACGAAGCAACAGCAAUAGUGGGUGUAAUAAGAACGAUGUUCUUGGGGGUGGUCAACGGAGUCAGAGAGGCAGUCGUUCCAACAGUCGCCAAGGUACCAUGGGGGGCAGUAGUUGUAGUGAUCGCUCCGUUGAGAGUCAAAGCGGCGUCAAACGACCGGAUGAUGGUCGGUCAAAGUUGCAUGACCAUAGUGCUCAUGGUACCCACAGCGCUCGCCACGCUUCAAGCACAAAUCAGAGACGGCGAGGAAGUAUUAACCGACCUCCCAUAGACGGGUAUCCUAGCGAGGGAAGCAACGAUUCCCCAAUGCACGGCACUAAAAUAGAUUCAAUAGAUCAAAUUGAAGUGGUUGACAAUAAGAAGCUCACGAAUAGCAAUCGAGGGGUGAACAUGGGCAUGAAAGCCCCUCAUCCGGCAAUGGGAAGUCACUCUUCCGUAACUGGACCACCAAAGAGGUCAGGCAGUCGAGACCGACAAUGCUCGUCUUCGAAGUCUUUGAACAACAUUGAGAGGCAAGAAUCCUCAGCAUCUUUCCAGUCGGGGCAGUCAAUGCAUUCCACUCACUCUGCCCCUACGGGUCACCCUGGAGGGCCUCCUCUUCAGCAGAGUGUCCCGCUUGCUCCCGGGAGCAAUAUCUACCACUCCCAGCACCAGCAGCAACAACAACAGCAACAAAAACGAUUUUACAAUCCCCAACCACGGCAUCUUCACCAUCCCAACUGUCAAAUUGCGUCUUCCUCGUCAUCUGGAGGGGUACCCCCUCCUCCAGGUACAUGCAUGGAGUCAUGUUCGACUCAGUCAUCCUCAUCCUCAGCAUCAGCCCCACCUGACUAUGCCACGUGCUCAGGAAUUCCCCCCACUUAUGAUCAAGCCUUGGACGUUCCACCCAAGUCUCAAAGGCGGAAAUGGCAACAGGCCCAUGGAAUGUCUCAUGCGGGUCCUUCCUCGCAACCAGUCAUCAAUAAACCGCCUCCACCACCACAACAACCACAGCAACUCCUGCAACACCAUCACCAACAUCACCAUCAGCCACCACCUCCGCCACCGCAUAAGCAGCAACAACAACUACCACAACAACAACAACCCCUGAAGCAACAACAACAACAACAACAGCCAUCGUCAUCACUCUCUUCUCAAGCUCCUCCGAGCCGGAAACAGAAACAAUCCCAAGGGGCUGGAAAAAACAACGAACUCUAUUACAUGGGCGAGUUCUACGGAUAGCAGUCAUCCUGUCCUUCUCAUGGAACAUAUUUCUAAGAACGAACAAGUGCCAACAAGAGGUUCAUCCCUCUCACCAACAUAAUUUGUUGUCGAGGAAGAUGUCCGAACAAAUAAGUGUUGCCAAAUUGAUUGGCCUAUGUGCCAAGCUAGGGUUUCUCUCGAAACACAUAACAAACCAAACAACAACCAAGCAAACAAACAAACAAACAAACACAUUUUCACACACAUACACACACUACAUAGUUCUCUCAUUCAGUCAUACGAACAUUCACACGUCGAACUCGAAAACACAGAAAAAUGCAUGCAGUAGAGCCAAUAUGUCUUACCAAUCAAUACCCCUACAGCACCAUAUUCCAAUCUUCUCAUCCGAUUUCUCAACUCCAUCAUACAACCACCCCUGUACUCAAUCUACCAUUCAUAGCAACCCUCAUGUGAUCCCUUCAGUUUUAGUAAGACGCAUGUGAAACAUGAGCAACUUCCACGAGCAUCAUCCUCUUUUUCAAUUCGCAGUGUUUCAUGCUCGAUGCUCGCUACGACAUUCAAAGUAAGUCCAAAAAAUCAUGCAGAUCUUCAAAGUCGUUGGGCUUGAUAACCAUAGCAUAGAUGAUGAAAUGUGAUGUCGACUCUCUUUCUGAUAUCCCUGGAUUGCCUGAUUCGAUGAACAACAAUCUUUCUCCUUGUUCACCAACAACAGUCACAAACGAAUGAAAUCAUGUUCCGUGUAAUAACACUAAAAACAUGACAUUUAUUCAUUCAAACCAAAAGUGAAACCAAAAAUCAAAUUUGGCGAGUUCAAUUACUGCUCCAUUUCCAGGUAAUACCUUAGAAAUCAGAGAAGCCGGUUUGACCCUAAAACAGUCAGAGCGGGGCCCGUUUUUCCACCCCGUUUCCCCAAAGUAAGCCGAUCAUCGAUGCUCGUCAACUGCGGCUGAAACAUGAGAAUGAGAAUUCGUCUUCCCUAGCAAGAAACCAUCAGAUUGUAUUACAAAUAUUGCCAAUGUUUUCGUACUAUCUCUCUCACUCUCUCUCUCUCUCUCUCUUUAACUUCCAAGCCCUAUUCUCUUCUUGCUCCAGCUACUUACUUCUUUAUGCAUUCAAGCUGCAUGUAUGUACCAUGUACGACCGUAUUCAUAUAAUCAUUCAGAUUCCUUUUCUUUCCUAUGACUAUUGUACUAUCGCAACAGCAAACUAUACUUACAUAAAACUAAAGACCAUCUCUGGGCCCAUUUGGGCCCCUUGACCCAACAAUCGGCCCCUUUAUUUCUAAACCUUCAACAACGCAAUACCCAUUUCCUCUUUUGACGUUUUAACGAAGUCUAAUGGUCUCACUGACUAGCUUUAAUUUUCUUUUCCCUUACCUAGUUUGAUGGCAGAUUCCAUUCUUAUUCUCUUCCUCUUGAUUACUACACCAAACCGCUCCUAAAAAAAUACCACCAAUAAUGCUGCUCCGUACACGCAUAGUAAAAUGAUUACUAAUACUAAUUCAAAACUGUCACCAUCAAGAUUUAAUACUACUAUUUUCGCUACCAUGUACUACCACUACUUCUAACAUUUUCAUUAUGAUUCUCUUACUACUUAUAUUUUAACACCAACACCAUCGUCACCAUCAUCAACAUCAACAACAACAACAACAACAACAAC